AUGGCCACGUUUCGCCGAUUUCGUCCUGAUGAUGUCAACAAAUUCUCCAAGUGCAAUCUCGACCCUCUCACCGAGACGUACGAGCUUGCCUUCUACCUUCAGUACCAUGCCAAGUGGCCCUCCAUGUUCCAGGUCUGCGAGGACAUGAAUGGAAACAUCAUUGGCUACAUCAUGGGCAAGCUCGAAUCAUCACCCGAUGUAUACAAAUUCUCUGAACAUUACCUUCCAUGGCACGCCCACAUUACGGCCCUGACCGUUGCGCCAGAAGCGCGGAGACUGGGAAUUGGCAAAAUACUGUCCGAGCAGUUGGAAGCCGCCGCCGACGCCAACGACGCCUGGUUCGUCGAUCUUUUCGUCCGUACGAGCAACCACAAGGCAAUUACAUUCUACAAGAGCAUGGGCUACAGUGUCUUCCGCGUGGUCAAGGACUAUUACGGCGACCAUGCUACAGACCCUACGCGUGACAGCGAGGACGCUUACGACAUGAGGAAGCCGAUGAAGAGGGAUACGAAGCUCCAGCACAUUAGAGACGAUGGCGAGAAGCACGAGGUUGACCCGUCUGAUGUUUGGUGA